GGGCAUUGCCCCGUCGCUACCCUGCCCGUGUGCGUGUGGCAGUGUGACACUGGGGCCUGCUCCCCGGAGCCUUCAGAGCGAUCACGGACCUUACGAGCCCUAUGUUGCUGGACCCCCAGAACACAGAACAUGGCGGAUGGGGCACAGGCCAACCCCAAAAUGUUGAGGAAGAAGGUGCUGGUUAGGCACCCCUCCGGGUGGAGGGGCCCAAGUCUCAGGGCCUCUUUUCCUUGGAGAACCUCGAGGUCCAGCUUGGGUAUGAAGAAAUUCUUCACCAUGGUCGUCCUGGCUGGCAGCGUCCUGCCCGCAGCCCGCAGCAGCCUGCUUAACCUGAAGUCCAUGGUGGAAACCAUCACGGGGAGGAGUGCCAUCUUGUCCUUCGUGGGCUACGGCUGCUACUGUGGACUAGGAGGGCGCGGGCUGCCCAUGGAUGAGGUGGACUGGUGCUGCCACGCCCAUGACUGCUGCUACCAGAAGCUCUUCGACCUGGGCUGCCACCCCUACGUGGACCACUAUGAAUACACCAUCGAGAGCAAUACUUCCAUCACCUGCAGUGAGCUCAACGAGACCGAGUGUGACAAGCAGACCUGUGAGUGUGACAAGAACGUGGUUCUGUGCCUCCGGAACCAGACGUACAAUGAGAAGCAUCGCAACUACCUCAACAUCUACUGUCAGGGCCCCACGCCCAACUGCAGCAUCUACGAGCCGCCCCUGGAGGAGGCGGCCUACAGGCACAUCUCCCCCACUCCCCCUGCACCUCCCUAGUGCCCCCCGGGGCUGACGGGCAAGAGGGAUGGAGGUUCUGGCUCUGGGGACCAGACAGGCAGACCAGGUGGAGAUGGGGGAAGACUGAGAGCCCAGGGCUUUCUGGCUGCUUCCUCCCUGGAACUCUCCAGGGGACCGGCCCCAGAGGACUCAGGGAGGCCUGGGUGCUGACUGUGGCUCCCAGGCCCCUCCAGCCCAGCACUGGGCGUGGCCAUGUCCUACCGCUGAUCCCAGACUUGGCAGGAAACAUGUAGCCUGUUGGGGUCUCUCUUGAGUGUGGAGGGCAAGGCCUGAGGAAAAGAGGUGGCUCCUCUGAGUGGUCUCUGCCACGGGCCCCAGCCUGACUUCCUCGGCUUGACCGUCAAGGUUAGAGACCAAGAUCCUGAGCUGCCAGUACAGCCCCAGAGCUUGGUGUGUCCUCAGACAGGUUCCCAGACAGAGUGCUGGUCCCGAGGUUCUGGGGGCCUCUUGGCUGCCCCUAGGGGACAACUCUGGGCGCUCCUUGCUUUGAAGGCCUACUGGCUCUCUAGAGCCCCCUUAAGGGCAGGGUGGCCCAUGAGUCCAGGCCCAGACAUCACAGGAGGGCCACAGGGCUAGUGUCUCAGCCACAAGGUCUGGCCUCAGAUCAGGCUCGGGGGGACUGACGGAACCCCCAUGCCCAGUGGCACUCCCUUAGGUGCAUGGGGACCAAGACGGGGCCACAAGUAUGUCUCCAGCACCCUCACGUCUCCCCCCACCUCCCUGCUAACCCAGCCCAGCCAUACGGCACUGCUCUGAGGUGCACCGGACCCCACCCCCGUGCCUCUCCUCCUGCAGCAGCCGGGCCGGUGGGUGGGAGGACCCCAGACCCCUCUCUCCCUGCCAGGGAGACGCAAGGCUGCACUCUGGUCUCAGAAGCCCUGUCAGUGGGGAGGAGGCCGAGGGCUGGGACCCACCUCCCUGAAGGGGAAACAAAGGCAGAAGGGUCCAGGUCCAGGCAGGAGGCUUGGAGAAGAUUCCAGAAGGCAGUGGGGAGGGAACUGCAUGAAGACAGACGGGAGGGGAGACGGUGGGAGAGAAGCGGGACAAGGCGAGACGCCCAGUCCAGAGGGGUCUCGGCAGGAGAAGUGGGGUGAAGGAGCCUUGGGGUGCAGGGGCCCCCUUGGGCCUAGGUUCCUGUUGAGGGUUGUGGGCAGAGAUGGAAGAGAGUCAGCCCCCGCAGGGCCAGCUUCCUGACUCUGUGCCAGCACUGCUCUCUCUCCAGGUGCACCUGCCCCUUUCCUGCCUUGCCUCGCCUCUCGACCUCAAGGUCAGCGGCCUCCAAGUAGCCAGCGUGCCCUGCCUCACCCUGAGGACACACCGACACAGCGCUGAGACCCGCCCAGACACCCUCAGCCAUCAGGAAGCUUGGCCCGCCCUGCGAGGGCCUGUAGAUCCACUGUCACUAGGGCCAGUCAUGAAAGGCGGAGGCAGCAGAGGAGUGGGGUGGGGAGAGAACAUCUCCCCCCAGAAUAGCAGGACUGGGAAGAAGCCUCACCUUGCUGCAGCUUCUAGAACGCUAGCCCUGGGGACUGAGGAUGAAUUUGGUGGUUGGAGUCAGCUGUCACUAUGCAUGAGAGAAGGCCCUUCCAACCGUUCACCUCCUUCUGGCCCUGGUGUGGUGGCUGUGGUCCCCAGUGUGUCUCAUCACUCAUAUCUUCUUUCUUUUUUUUUAAUGCUUUAUUUAUUUUUGAGAGAGAGAGACAGAGACAGAGACAGAGAGACAGAGUGUGAGCAGGGGAGGGGCAGAGAGAGAGGGAGACACAGAAUCCAAAGGAGGCUCCAUGCUCCGAGCUGUCAGCCCAGAGUCCGAUGAGGGGCUCGAACUCAUGAGUCGUGAGAUCAUGACCUGAGCUGAAGUUGGCCGUUUAACCGACUGAGCCACCCAGGCUCCUGCUGAUAUCUUCUUCUACCCUGGCUAACUAACUAACUUCUUCCGGCCAUCUUGGGCUGGUCCCUUAUCUCUGAGCUGAAGCCCCCCUAAGCCAGGGUGGAGCCAGGAUGGGGCAGCCACAGUCCACUAGAAGAUGGGGUCUGCAGAGGCCCCGGCCCCGCACCUGUGGGAGCCCAGGUUUCUGCCUGCGCCCCUCUACCUUGCACACACCUCCACUCCAGAGAGUCUGGGCCAGUGUGUUGGGAUGAGAUUCUGCGGCCGAGGAGUCUUGCCUCCCCCUGCCCCCCUCACCUUGCCCCAGCCUGUCCAAGAUGCUGCGACCCCAGAGGUCCUCCACAGGACGUGGCGCCCCAUCGUCAAUCUCAUAAAGGCCUCCUGCCUCAGCUCCCUCUUGUUGGUCCUCCUUGGCCGGGCAUCAGGGGAGGGCACAGAGACUCCCUCCAGGGUCUCCAGCUCAGGGGGAAGCAGAAUCCCUUCCUGCCCCCCGCCUGGGCAAAGUGGCCCUGCUCCAGCAGAGAGACAAGCAUCAGGAAAGUGGUGUGGGCCAGCGGAUGGACAAUGAUAACUGUUAGGCUGGGUGGGUGCUUGUCAGGCAUCAGUCUCCACCCCAUCCUUUUCUGUUGAACAUCCGAGGCCCGGAGAGGAACAGGAACUUGCCCAGAGUGACACAGGUUGUAAGUGAUGGGGCUGUGUCUGAAUCCUCAGCAUCUGACUUGUAACUAUCCCUCCUUGCAUCUUCUUUUUUUAAAAAAAAUUUUAAAUGUUUUCAUUUAUUUUUAAGACAGAGAGAGACAGAGCAUGAGCAGGGGAGGGGCGGAGAGAGAGGGAGACACAGAAUCCGAAACAGGCUCCAGGCUCUGAGCCGUCAGCCCAGAGCCCGACGUGGGGCUCAAACUCACGAACCAUGAGAUCAUGACCUGAGCCGAAGUCAGACACUCAACCGACUGAGCCACCCAGGCGCCCCAUCUCCUUGCACCUUCUUAACGAUGAUGCGGGCGCAGCUGGAGACAGUGGGACCAGUGACCGAGAAUCCAGCAGGACACCAGGUCCUGGUCUUAGCACGUUCUCUGACUUAUGUCCCUUCUCUGUUGUGGGCAUCGGUUUCCCCAUGUGUAGAGGGACCAGAAUAGCUGUUUCAGGUGCUCCCCAAAGCUAUGUGCUUUCCUGGACACAUCUGGGAUGAUCCCUGGGACUCUGCUCCCCCUCCCCACCUCAAUCUUCAAUUAAACAGCUCUGCUUUUCCUGUAUUAUUUACUGAGCUUUCACCUGAGCUACUGUAAGAAGAAAAGACAUUCUUCAGUAAUUUUUUUAAAAAGCUUGAAAACUCUGGGACAAGAUCAUCCAUUGGUUCAUUCAUUCAAUGGACCUAUACUGAUGGUCUUCUAUGGACCAGGCAUGGUGCAGGGGGUUUGGUGGGGAUACCUUUAAUCAGACACAGACUCUACCUGCAGGAAUCCCUUAGGCUGGUAGGGGGAGGCAGACAUGUGAUAACCUUGACAUAUGGUGCCAAGCAGUGUCAUGGGGAGCACGGAGGAUGAAGCCCCAAGUGUGUCCUUGGUAGUCCCGAAGGGGCCCCCAAGGGGAUAAGGUGUGGGGCUGGGAUGGCCUGUUCAAGGUCCUUGGAGGUGGAGAAGAGGGGCGGGUCACAUGUUUUGAGGAGGGGGCCCUUGCUUCUGUAAUCUGGGUGGCUCUUUGCUUCUUCAGGACUCCUUCCAAGUUAGUGAGAUCUUUUAGGCUAAGCCUUGAGGAAGGAUUGUACUUGGCUUCCACUGGUCUGGAGCUGCCAUUGACAAAGACUCUGUCCUUGACCAAACUUUAGUUAGGAUCCUCUGAGACCUUUCCCAACCAGGCUGACACCUUAGGGUUUCCGCAUCCAUCUGAGCACUGCCCAGUUUUAGCAAGAAUCCCCUCCUGCCCUCGAUAUCUGGUCAAGUUCGUCACCCUCCACCAUUUCCCAGGUGGUUCCUGAUCACCCAGGCCUGCCUUUAGCAAGAAUCUUGUUAGGGUCAGUUUAGCAAGAAUCAUCCAACCCUCUUAGCAAUCUUCCAUCCACCAGCUCCCCUCCCCACUCCUUGGCUAUAAACCCCCACCUAAGAAAAGUGAGGAUUCAUAACUGUAUUCAGAAUUGAGCCCAGUUCUGUCCUGGCCCCUGCUGUGAUCAUUCUUGAAUAAAACCUGUUUUUACCACUUAAA